ACAAAUGCUCUCAUAUUUUCACACAUCUGUGCUUUCCUAAUAGAAUAUGAUCUACUGAAUUUUGAAAAUAAUAUGCUUCCAACCUAGUAAAGCAAAGUUCAGGUCGCUGCCGCCCACGCCCUUCUCGCGCGCCUCCAGGUCUCUCACUCGAGUCUCCACCCACCCGCCUUCCUCUGGGGUCGCGGGAGGCUGAAAGGCCGCAGUGACGCGUUUAUCCUGGGCGGGUUACGUCACUGCCAGGCGUCCGGCGGCUCGUCGGCUGGGCCUUCGGCGGGCUUUUCGGGAACAAGGAUGGCUAUGGCCAGCGAUUUCUACCUGCGCUACUAUGUAGGGCACAAGGGCAAGUUUGGACACGAGUUUCUGGAAUUUGAGUUUCGGCCGGACGGAAAACUUAGAUAUGCUAACAACAGCAAUUAUAAAAACGAUGUCAUGAUCAGAAAGGAGGCUUAUGUACACAAGAGUGUAAUGGAAGAACUGAAGAGAAUUAUUGAUGACAGUGAAAUUACAAAAGAAGAUGAUGCUUUGUGGCCCCCCCCUGACAGGGUUGGCCGGCAGGAGCUUGAAAUUGUAAUUGGAGAUGAACACAUUUCUUUUACCACAUCAAAAAUAGGUUCUCUUAUUGAUGUUAAUCAGUCAAAGGAUCCUGAAGGCCUUCGAGUAUUUUACUAUUUGGUACAGGACCUGAAAUGUUUAGUUUUUAGUCUUAUUGGAUUACAUUUCAAGAUUAAACCAAUCUAAAUUGUAUGUUUUUUGAAACUGUGUUUAUAUUUAAUUAAGGGAUGGGUGAGGGAGGGUUUGUCAUUUAUGAUAUUGGGGUUUUUAUGAAUGUGAAGCAAGCUUUUUUGUAUGCAAAUUGAAAAUAAGAAAAUACAUCAACAGGCUUAAUGGUUAUCUUCACUUGGGUCCACGUGGGUUGGACAGUCCCCACACAUUACAUUCUGUAAAUAAAAGCCACCUUUAUUGAAAUUUUGCUCCAAUAAAACAUAUCAAAGCCUGGAUGGAGAGUGCAUUAUUUCCUUCAGGAGGCUGUAUCUCCGAUUCAUUUUAAAGAUCAAAAUUGUUCUAGUAGGUGCAUUCUAUGGCAGAGGGUCUUUCACGUAGAAACAUGUAGCCAGAUUCCAAUCCAUUUAAAGGCAAUUGUAGAUCUUCCCUUGUUUCUACCAUACCUGAUGGGAUUUAAUUUUUUGGUGCUUAUAGAAGUUGUUUAUAGAAGGUGUUGGAUUUUUUACAUUUGUCACAAACCCCUCAGCGGUCAUUCCCAUUUAAAUGUUUUUGUAUAAGCUGUGAUUUCCUCAAGGCUACGAAGGUAAAGUCAGUACCCCAAAUUAGGCACAUCUUUUAUUAUGCCCCUGUUUCCAUUAUUUCACAUUGUAUGUAUUUUGUAUAUCUGUGGGAAGUAAAUGAGUUCUCAGCUCUAAAAAUUAUUUAAAAUUUAGACUUAUGUAUAUAUGUGUGUGUGUGUGUGUGUGUGUAUCUGUAUCCUCACUCCUAAUGAACACAGAUCCCAGUCAUAUUUCUCAGUUCCCUUCAACCUCUUUCUGAUAGACUUGAUUACUUCUCCCGUUAGUAGCUAAUGCCCUGAUAUUCUGUUACUUUUCCAUCUGAACCUUCACUCUAAAAGUAUGCAGUCCUGUUAGUCAUCGUCCACUUUGCCCAGGGACCUUAGGGUGGAAGAAUUGGUGUCUGAAGGCUCACCGGGGCUCCUGGGCAGCUAGACUAGAGCAGCUCUGUCCAGUAAACUGUGUGAUAAUAGAGAUGUUCUGUAUCUGAGCAGUCCAAUAGGGUAGCCACUGGAUACUACAUGUGGCUACUGAGUACUUGAGAUGUGGCUAAUAUAACUGAAUUUAUAGUCCUAUUUAUUUAAAAAUAAUAUUUUCCAC